UGAUGUUAUUUCCGGGAUAGCUGGGUUCAGUUUCGUAGGGCUGUAAACUGUUUAGCCAUUUGUUCUGCCUUAAUUGUUUAACUUUAGACGAAAUGAAUCGAAUUUUUGGUCGAGGAAAAGCUAAGGGGCCACCCCCGAACUUAACAGAUUGCAUAGGAGGUGUGGAUGCACGGGCUGAAUCCGUUGACAAGAAAAUAGCCAGGUUAGAUGCAGAACUGGCGAAAUACAAGGAUCAGAUGAAGAAGAUGCGAGAUGGACCCUCGAAGAACAUGGUGAAGCAGAAAGCAAUGCGAGUCCUGAAGCAGAAGAGAAUGUAUGAGGGGCAGAGAGAUCAGUUGACGCAACAAUCCUUCAACAUGGAACAAGCCAACUAUACCAUCCAGACCCUGAAGGACACUAAAACCACUGUGGACGCCAUGAAGAUCGCAGCCAAAGACAUGAAAAAGGCAUACAAAAAUGUGAAGAUUGAUCAGAUUGACGAUCUGCAAGACCAGCUGGAGGACAUGAUGGAGGAUGCUAAUGAAGUACAGGAGGCCCUGAGCCGAAGCUAUGGCACUCCCGACAUAGAUGAAGACGACCUUGAGGCGGAACUGGAUGCACUUGGUGAUGAACUGCUCUUUGAUGAGGACUCCUCUUACCUUGACGAAGCCUCCACUGCUCCAUCCAUACCCGAGGGUCUACCAGGAGACAAAUCUACCAACAGGGAUGGUGUUCUGGUUGAUGAAUUUGGCUUACCUCAGAUCCCUGCAACAUAAAGCUUACAUGAACAAGGAGCACUCUUAUUUUAUAUGAGAAUCAUGUUUAUAUUAAACUCAAGCCUAUAAACACAGCCAAUCUGCCUGAGAAGGAAAGGGGUAUGCUAAGAUAGCAAGCACCUCAGUUUGUCUUUUGCUCAUUCAGAGACUAACCUGUUACGGCUAUCAAUAUCAGGAAUGUAUCUACCGCAAUCAACUUUCAUGUUAAUCCUUUUUCUAUAUUGCUUUUGAUUUUACUUCAUGGGGGUGUCAGGCAAAGCAUUGUUUCUGUAGUUAUAGCAGGGAUCUUGGUGUAUGGUUGACUGACUUUGUACUGCAACAAUGUUGCCAACACGUGACAUAAUAAAUUAUUUUAUAUUUCA